AUGAUAGACACAAACAAGACACAGGUGAUGGAGUUUGUCCUCACAGGACUAACAGAUCAUCCAGAGCUGCAGCUGCCCCUGUUCCUGGUGUUCUUCGUGGUCUACCUCAUCACCAUGGUGGGCAACCUUGGACUGAUUGCUGUCAUCUGGAGGGACCCUCACCUUCACACCCCCAUGUACUUGUUCCUUGGCAGUUUAGCCUUUGCAGAUGCUUGUUCUUCAUCCUCUGUGACCCCCAAGAUGCUUGUAAAUUUUUUAUCUAAGAAUCAUAUGAUAUCUCUGACUGAGUGCAUCACCCAAUUUUAUAUUUUUGCUUCUAGUGCAAACACAGAAUGCUUCCUUCUGGUAGCAAUGGCCUAUGACCGCUAUGUAGCCAUAUGUAACCCCUUGCUUUAUCCAGUAGUGAUGUCCAAUAUCUUUUGCAUUCAAUUAUUGGUUGUUUCAUAUAUUAUUGGGUUUCUUCAUCCCAUGAUGCAUGUGGGUUUGUUAUUUAGAUUAACUUUUUGCAAGUCCAAUGUAAUACAUUAUUUCUACUGUGAAAUUUUACAACUAUUUAAGAUUUCCUGUACUGAUCCUGGAGUUAAUAUGCUCUUGAUUUUUGUAUUUUCAGUCUUCAUACAGUCUUUCACUUUUAUGACUAUCAUCAUCUCUUACUCCUAUGUCCUCUUUGCCAUCCUGAAAAAGAAGUCUGAGAAUGGCAGAAACAAAGCCUUCUCCACGUGCAGUGCCCAUCUGCUCUCUGUCUCCUUAUUCUAUGGAACGCUAUUCUUCAUGUAUGUGUGUUCUGGGUCUGGACCAGCUGAAAAUCAGGACAAAAUGUAUUCUUUAUUUUACACAGUAAUAAUUCCCCUGCUAAAUCCUUUUAUUUACAGCCUGAGGAACAAAGAGGUCAGAUCUGCGUUGAGGAGAAUAAUAAAUAAAUAA